AUGCCUCCAACACGAUCAAGAACGUCCUCUCAGGGAGCCAGCCUGGAGUCGUCAUCUUUAUCUUCUGAUUCGAAGGAGGGAUCAGGUGUCCUCCUUGCCGAGGAGCAGCAGCCUAAUCCUACCGGCGAUGGUACAAGUCAGCAGGCUGAUGCGCAAGAGAAUACCGUCGUGCCUGAGCAGCAAGCCGAAGUACAAGGCGAGGCCACAGUGCCCGAGCAGUAACCUGCUGUGCAAGACGAGGUCGUAGCGCCCCAGAAGGCCCCUUUCACUCAUUUCCGCCAACUCUCACAGUCCCAGCAGGAUCAAGCCAACGCGGAACAUGCUAUCGAGGUCAUAUUAUCCUACUUCAUUAUAGACUGGGACGCGUCCAAGCGCUGGACAAGUCCAAAUCGCGUAUACAGUUGGCCUGAACCUUUCCAUAAGGAUGGCAGACAUCCCACUGCCGCUUUUACCUACACCUCCAAGGGAGACAUCACCGAAUUUGCCGUGCUCGACGCUAUGGAUGUCGAGAGGGACUCACCAGUCAGAAAAAUGAUACAAAACAGAGACAAGACACACAGCGUCGAGUUGACGUAUCACAUUCUUGUCAAGGCCUUCACGCGGACAGGGAACAGCUAUCUUGACUUUUCGCAGGAGGAUAAGGAUGUGAUCAGAAAGUUUUCAAGGAAGGUGACGAAUGAAGGGAAGCAAACGAUUUCGGACUGGUUCAUUAACGUUGUUUGCGGAGCGCCUUUUCGGGCAUUGGAGGUGGAACCUGAUCCUUGGUCCGAUGACAGCUUCGUGUCUUGGUUCGAAGGAUGA